AUGCAAUCCAUCCGGAGAGCGAUCAAUGUCGUAGCCCCUCCGCCGCCCACGUCCAACGAUGGCCGCGACCAAUGGCCGUCGCGAGCAGCUUUCCUCCUGGCCGCCAUGGGAGGCUGUGCGGGACAGGGCAAUCUUCUCCGCUAUCCGUCCGUCGUGUACAACAACCACGGCCUCCAAUGGUUCAUCCCAUACCUCCUGGCCGUAUUCCUGAUCGCCAUUCCCGCUCUCGUGCUGGAGGUCUGCAUUGGACAAGCGUACCGCGGCGGCCCCAUGAUCGCCUUCAAUGCCAUCGACAGGCGCCUUCGUGGUGUUGGCAUCGGUCCGGUGUUUGUCAGCUUCGUCGUCGUGCACUACUUUACCGUCAACCUGGCCUGGAUCAUGUCCUACUUUCGCCACUCUUUCACAAGUCCAUUGCCGUGGGAAGGCCGAAUCACCGACUUCUACGACAACCAGGUUGUUGCGAACCCGCCGCCCAUCUCCGGGAGCAUCGACAACGGCGACGUGACAUACACGCACUAUCCCCAUGUCGCCUUGAUCGGCGAGACUGUGGCAUGGAGUGUUUUCGUCUGGUUCUUGAUGUGGAUCUCCAUCGUAAGAGGAGUUGGACUGACGGGACGCGUGGUUUACUUUUCCAUGGGCAUUCCGAUUGUGACCACCGUCAUCUUCGUCGCUCGAGCCGUCUCACUGGAGAACGCGAGUGAGGGUAUUGGGCUCCUGUGGAGAACGUGGAGAGCGGAUCAGCUGGCUUCAGGCACAGUAUGGCAGACUGCCGUCGGCCAAGUUUUCUUCUCGACAGGCAUCGGCUUUGGCUACUUCACGAGUUACGCAUCCUACAAUCAGAAGUACUCGAAUGCUGUCAUGGAUUCCAUCCUCAUCUGCGGAAGCAAUCUUCUAUUUGAGAACCUCGCAGCCUUUGCAGUGUUCGGCGUCGUUGGUUUCCUCCGCCUCUGGCCUCAAGACGGAGAGCGCCUGGGUGCGUUCGUGGUUGGCUUCUACACGCUUCCAGAGGCUGUGCUUCAAAUGCCUGGAGCCAACUUCUGGGCAUUCCUGCUAUUCUUCACCUUGAUCGUCCUCGGGUACAGCUCAGCCUUCGUGAUGCUGGAUGUCGUGGCCACGAUGAUAUGCGAUGCCAAUACUCGUGUCUCUCGUGCGUGCGUGGUCACUGGCCUGACGAUCGGCGCCUUUCUGCUCUGUCUGCCAUACUGCACUGAAUUUGGAUAUUAUCUCCUAGAUGGCGUGGAUAGGUGGGUGAACAAUGUGGCACUCAUUUUCGUUGUCUUUGCAGAAGUCGUCGGCAGUACUACAAUCUAUCGGUGGGCCGACGUUGUCGCGGAAACUGGCCUGCCUGCAUUCUGCAUCUACAACUUCGCGUAUUUUGGUGGGUUGCUCGUCGGGAUUACCAUCGCUCAUGGUACGGGCAUAGCUGCGGCUGGUGUUGGAGCGGGCUUCGGACUGUACGUGGUGUGCUCACUGCUGGCUGUUGCUAUGGCUAGGACACCGAGCACACCAGCUGCUCGAUCCUGGAAGCGGAAUGUCUUUGCCGCUCGCUUCUGGUACCUGGCCUUUUAUUCCGGCAAUCAACUGAGGCGUGACCUCAAUCUCGUCGUAGGCCGCGGAAAGAACUGGAAGAUACCCGUAUUCUGGCCAGUGCUUCUGCGCUAUAUCUCGGGCCCCGUGCUCGCGAUCAUCUUCAGCUUCGCCUUUCCAGAGUUUCACCGCCUACGAUACGAUCCUAUGAUGAUCACUGGAUUCAUUCUGUCCAUGCUUGGCCUCUCCGCGAUCGUCUUUGGCUGCGUCUUCCCGAGAUAUAUGAGCCCGCUCUUGCACGUGGAGAGAAGAGAGGACUCUGCAAAGACAACAAUUGCAAACGAGCCAGCUUUCACCGAAAAUGAAGUGCACGAGAUCAACAGCACUAACGCCGACGCUGGAAAGGAAGCCGAAGCCGUCGAGAGCAAAGGUGCGGCGUAG